GAUGACAAAUAAUCAUUCAGUGCACCCUUCCUGGGUUUGAAUCCACGACAGACCCUCUAUUUCUGUUCUUGCUUUUUCCAUUAUUUACCCAGCUCUCCUAUUCUGACUUUUCCCGCAACAUGGCUCGACAAGAUCGCCCAAUGAUUCGAUCACCCACGUCUGCCAAAGAUGGUCAUAUGGACCAGGUUGCUUCACCUGGUACUUCCUCUGCCUCAUUAUCAACUUCAUCUACACCAACUUUCUACAUCGCCAAUUCCGCUACUUAUCCUGUCUCAUUAAGUGUUCCUGACCGGCAUGCCUCGCCAAAUGCGGCAGACACUAUUACUACGCCGUCUUCUAUCCAUCGUAGCGAACCAUUUCCUUCUCACACGAGCUCAAUACCUGCUCCAAGGCCGCAGGCAAUCCCUAUAUCAUUCCUCGUCCAUCCUACGCAUGUCUCGCCACAGAUGCUCUCAUCACAUUCAGUAUUCAAUUCCUCUCCGAAAUCAUCACCAGGGCCUUCCGAAAGCCAUUUGUCUCAUGCAUCAAAAUGGGAUAUUUCGCCACUUAAUUCUACAAAUGUACUACGGAGCUCACCGUAUUUAGAGUGCCCUCAGCCUCCCGAUCUAAAGUUGCCAUCUCAAGAGACCCCAGCGUCCCAAAUGGCUGUUCAUCGCUCGAUUAGAAUAGAGGCAACAUCCGUAUCUUCCCUCGUUCAAGCACAGACUCAGCGUGAUUACGACUCGAGUACACAGGGCGCUUUGAUCAAACACACUAGCAAAGCCAAAGCCCCCUUGCAUAGUCCUGCGCUUCCUCCAAAAAAGCUCUCUGCAUCAAAGCCUUGCUCCUUUGCCUCUUCUGCCGAAGGGAGCAAAGGCCAUAGCAAUAGCUCCGCUGAUAGUACUUUAGGCAUGACUGAAGGAAAAUAUGUUUCUGAUCAUAGUAAAGAUGGUGAAGGACCGGUUGCCCGCCAAAUUUCAAUCAGAAGAACCAAUAAUCCGAAUUUGAAAACCACAAAGACGGGUAAAAUUUUACACAGAUCCAAGAAAGCAGGGGUGAAUAGGAGAUCCACAGCCUACAACAGGUUUUUAAAGCAGCGAAGUAAAUAUCAUGCUAAGCAUCACCCCGAUCUGACAGCUCAACAGGGAUAGAAUAUGUGUAAAGACUAAUAUCACCGGCAAGCCUGCUUUAAGCAAAGUGGAUGGAGCAAGCGCCCCUAAUGCAUACAACCCUCAUGAGCAAGAUGGCUUGCGAAAGAGCCUAGCAUAAGCUUUAUAUGGAUGCGGCCAUCAAGCUUUAAUGCAACACAACUGUGUUUCCUCUAUUCAGCGGAUGGCCCUACUCUUGAAAGCCCUGCUGCGCCUACAUAAAGAUGUGUUGAGUCCAAAAAG